AUGUCAAUGGAAUUAUUUGUAUGGCCUUCAGACUUUGACUUGUUGUCUUUAGAUGUUGAAUGCCUUCAAUUUUUGGCUGCAUCUAAAUUUUGUGCUUUACAAGUUACUAUAACACAUACAGCCAAUCCAUCUAUCAGCCCAACAAAAACACUUCCAUACUUUAAAAUGGUAGAUAAUGCUACUAAAAAAGUUGAAAGUAUAACAGAAUUUCCAAAAUUUGUAGAAUAUACUAGAAAAUGUGCAUUUGAAUUGGUGCUGGAUUCAGAAUUAACUACAGCUCAAAAAUGUGAAGUUGAUGCAUUUUAUUCACUUUUAAAAAAAACAUUACAUCCAGCUGUUUCUUAUCUAUUAUGGAAUGAUGAAUCUAACUAUUCAACGUUUACUCGAAAAUGGUAUUCUUCUAAAAUGCCAUUUCCAACAAAUUUCUAUCGUGUUGAAAUGAGACGAUCUAAAGAAUUACAAUAUAUUAAAGCUAGAGGUCUCUCACCAAUUGAUAUUAUUAGAACAGCUAAGAAAACAAUAACACAAUUAUCUAAAAAACUUGGUGAUAAAAAAUAUUUCUUUGGAGAUAAGCCAAGUUCUUUAGAUGCAUUAAUAUUUGGAUAUCUUGCUCCCUUGAUAAAAUUACCAUUACCAUCAGAUACAUUGCAAUGCCAUUUGCAAGCCUGUUCCAAUUUAGUUCGUUUUGUUGAAUCUAUCUUAAGUAUCUACCUCGUCAUUCCAGAAGAACAAAGAAGAAAAUCUGAUAAAGAAAAAAUAAUGUGGGAAGAAAGAAAGAUAGCUGCUAAAGAAGAGGCUUCUUUUAGAAAACAAUAUAAAGAAGAAAAGAAAAAUAUUAAUAAAGCUUACAAAGACGAUCUUUUUAGAGAAGUUACAUUAUUUACUGUUGGCGCUCUUGUCUUGUCAGCUGUUUUUGCUAUAGGUACAAAAAUAAUUGAUUUUGAAUCGGAUUUUGAAGACAUAUAA